CGGUUAAACAGGAAAUUAUCGUGUCGCAAGCAGGGCUGCUUUUCUCAAAAACAUCGCGAGCUUCGUCCGUCGUUAAAGUUUGUAUACAUUGGUUUUGUCUCUAGCAUGACAUCAAGUAAAAUCACAUUAUCUUGUGUUAACAGUCAAUGUUAUUAUUCUAACAGGCAAUACUGAAGUAGUUUGCGCGGGUACUUCGUCUGUUUUUGAGUGUCCUCGUACUGGCAUUACGUCACAGAAAGAUACAAACGACAAUAAUAAUGAAAAACUACAAAACUUGAAAAAUAAACAAGCACUCCCUAAGCGUAUGCCUUAAAACCUAUGGGUCUUAUUUUUAGAACAUCAUUUUGGUUACAUUGUUUCCUUGCGUCAUGGAAUGAAUUUGAACAGUUCUCUAUUUAUUGAGUUCUCUGUUUGUACGGUAUUUGUAGUGUUGAGUGAGUGACAUAAUGUCCAGUUCAUCCUUAUGAUUGCUAGUCCCUUUUUGCUGUUCCUCAUUUCUGCUAUUUGUUUGCCAUCUGGUCUGCUGGCAGAUGAAAUCGAAAAUCAUGAUGGGGAAUCAUGGAAAGAGGAACUGAGAUCAACAAAAACCGCUGUCACGAGGCUGUUUGAAAUUUGUAAGACAUCAGAUAAAGCACUCACAGGAUGAGAGGAAUUCUUCAAUUUUACCUAACCUAUGUGCUGUGCCUGAUGUUGGGGAUCACCUGUGUGGCAUUAGUAGCUCACUGGAAUUACAGCUAUAGAGGUGGAUUUGCAUGGGACGGCUCAGUCAAGCAGUUCAACUGGCACCCAGUCUUCAUGGUCACUGGCAUGGUGGUGCUUUAUGGGAAUGCGGCCGUAGUGUACCGUAUUCCUCUGACGUGGGGUCACAAUAAGCUCCCAUGGAAGUUGUUACAUGCUGGGCUUCUGCUCCUUUCUUUCGUUCUGUCUGUUAUCGGGCUUUGUGCGGUGUUCGACUACCACAAUGCAAACCACACAGCCAACCUCUAUUCCCUCCACAGCUGGGUGGGGAUUUGUACCACUGCGCUUUUUACUGCACAGUGGGUCAUGGGUUUUACUGCGUUUCUCUUACCCUGUACUCCAACGACGGCUCGUGCUCUUGUAAAGCCAGCUCAUGUUUGGAUGGGAGGAAUCAUCUUGGUACUAGGCAUUGUUUCCUGCAUCUCAGGGAUCAACGAAAAACUCUUUUUUGCACUAAAAGGAAACACCAAUGGGACGCUGCCUUAUUCCGCAUUACCACCAGAGGCAAUAACUGCAAAUGCAUUGGGAGUCAUCAUUGUAGCCUUUGGAUUGGUUGUUUUGAAAAUCUUAUCCAAUCAGAUAUGGCAGCGUCCUGCGCCAGGCUAUGAAGAGGGUGUUUACCAGCCACUGGGGUAUGAUGGAAGCUGAUGUGCCAAAGCUGAAAUGACUGAAAGCUAAAUAUUAUCUGCAUUCUGACUGAGUUGCACUCUUCAAUGGAAUCAAAGUCCCCUGAUGUGACAACCGUUCGUCUUCCUAUUCCUAAUUAUACAGAGCGCUGCAGAUUUUCUCUUUAUUAUAUGUUUGAUUUGAUUGUGCUGCUGUUGUUGUUGUUGUUGUAAAGCAUAAGGCAAAUUAUCGGAUGUAAAAUCACUGCUUGAUUGUCAGUGGUUUGUGCUUAUUUAUUAUUUGAGAAGACUUCUAUAAUAAAUGAUUAAAAUCACUUCAUUAAACAAGCUG